AAUUCUGUUUGACGCAUUAUCGUGAUCGUUUUUUCUAAAUAUUUUGUGUUCUCUGUGAUCUUACGUGUAUUUUUUAUCAAUUUAUAGAUAACAAUUUCAUCUGAUUAUCAAUAAACCAUGUGAAAUAGUUAAAUAUUCUGUUCUUAUCAGAAAAUAAGGUUGACAUUUCGUGUUCUACAUUUAAGUAAUAAUUUCUCGAGGAAAACAUACAUCAGUUAAUUAUAUCUUCGAAUGAAUAAUUCUCUAUUAUAUUGAAAGAAAUGAAUACUCCAACAACCAGAGAUUUCUUGCGGAGACCAGAUGGAACGCGUAGGAGAUCUUCUCGCCAAGCCUUAGCGGUGAUUCCUGUCAAUAAUUCCGCUUCACCUGGAGAAGCAAAUUCUACCGAAGUUAAUGCAAUGGAUAAUUUUUUAAACAGUCGACACGGCACUGACUCUUGGAGCCCUGCACCUAGCCCAGACGAGAUGGUAAUCCAAAAACGAGGACGUCGUCGUAGAACUAUAGUUUGGUCCCCUGAUCUUGAUACUUGUAAAAGAAACAGCCUUUUCAGCUCAAAUUCUAAAGAUCGCACACCGGUGAAGAGUCCGUCAAAAUCAAGUAUGGUAUUGAGAAGUACACCUAGAAAAAGGCUUACUCUUGGUGAUGUCAAUGAAUCUCAGUUUACAACACCAGAUAAGAAGAAAAAGUCACAGGUCUCUUUGGAUGUUAAUAAUUCACCGAAAUAUUUUAAUGGCAAUUUAUUAAAUGGUUUGAGAGGUCUUAGUCAUAAUCAGUUAGUUCAUAUGAUUAUGGAUUUGGUUUCCACACAAGAGGAUGGUCUGUUACAUGAGAAUGAAAAAAUAAGAAAUGUUUUGUUAAAAAAGAUGCCAAUGGCUGAUAUACAACCACUAAUCGACACAUUAAAUACUUUAAAGCAAAAUAUUCAAAUUAGCAUCGUCCUAUCUAAUAGGGAUGAUUUAUCUGACAUUCACAUUUAUUUAGAUAACUUUCAGAAAACUAUUAUAGAUCAGGGGAAAAGGCUUGUAGAAUCACAGCACUGGGUAUCAGUUAUGCAAUAUGUUUAUGCAGCAUGGAAUAUUACAAAGCAACUAUAUGAAGAGGAAAAUCAAAGCCUGUGCAAUUUGACUCAUAAAUGUUUUAAAAAUUUGACACACUUUUGUUCUCAAGCUCUAAAAAGAGGAAACUUCACGAGUACCAUAUUGGAUAUAUUUACUGAUAGGCUCGAUGCGAUGGUUGUAGAUUAUGAGGAUUUAAAAGUUUGUUUACAGUUGAUAAACGAAGUAAAAAACAAUGAAACUUAAAUGCUUUCCCUACGUCAACAUAAAGUAUGCCAUAUUACAAAUGCUAUUACUUUUAUAUACAUAUAUAUUUUUAAUAUAUGCAUAAAUUUUAAUUCUAAUCGUGAUGUAAAGACUCUAACGAGUCUUGAUAGUUGUUAAAUUAACUAUAUCUUUUUUACUAUUUCUUUUUAUAAUAAUAUCACAUAAUGAGAUUUAUAUAGAACGGUAUUAAAAUAGUAAUGUUAAUAGUAUUUAAGAUAAUCAAAUGAUAUUUUUAUAUUACGUUUGUAUUAAUUGUUCGAGAUACUUGAUACUUUUAUAAACUUUCCAACUAUAAUUAAUGUUAUACGAACUAGGAACAUUGCUUAAAAACGAUAUUACGUUAUUAGUGCAAGGUAACUUAUUUCAGGUGUGUAUAUCGUUAGUGUUGUUUGUUAUUUAUGAUUUAGUUAUGAUAGACACCUUUUAAGGUAUUUUAACAUUAUUUUAAUAUAUUUCAUGUGUAUUUUGUCAAAAAUACUUAAGGACGAUACUUAUUUCAUUGGUACAAUUUCUUGCCUGUAUCUUUUCAUGACAAUAAACAUACAUCUAAACUGA